CAUGCUGCUCUCCGCUUCCUGAACAGCAUCUCUCUCCAUAACCAGCCUGUAGUAAAUUACAGUGGAGACCAAGCUGCGUCCAGAUAUGGAGCCGGUCCAGAUCCAGCAUCGAAGACGACCACGGAAAACCCAGCCCAGAACACCCAGAAAGAGCUCAUCAGCAGAGGCUGGGGAGGAGUCUGGAGGUUUGAUGGAUGAAGCAGCUAUACCAGGAUGUUCCUCUGUACCUCAGUGCUCUGGAGCCUUGAGACAGACAUCCCAUAAUGCAUGCAUGGAGAUUGGACCCAGCAGGGAUUUUGCUGUGGAAAUGCAGAGAUGUUCUGCAGGCUCUCCUGAACCAAAGAGCUGUAAGAAAGUUCACUUUAUCAAAAACAUGAGACAACAUGACACACGGAAUGGCAGGAUUUGA